AAAUUCAUUCUUUGUUUUGAUAUCAACCAGAAAAAAAAAACUGAAAACUUCCUGUCAAAUACAAAAAGGCAAAAAAGAGGAUGAAAGGUAGAUAGGGAUGGAAGGCCAAGACCAAGAGCACAUUGUGAUGCUGCCAUUCAUGGCUCAGGGCCAUCUCAUACCAUUCCUGCAACUUGCAAGAAAUCUCCAACAGAGAAAAAGCUUGAUCACUGUCACCGUCGCAAGCACCGCCCUCAACAUCGACUACCUCCGCACAACGAUCGCCUCCAACUCAAGCUCCCAAUCUGACUCCAACAUCCGCUUGGCUGAGCUAUCAUUCUGCGGCACAGACCACGGCUUGCCGCCGAACGGCGAGAACACGGAGAACUUGCCUCUCAGCAAAAUAGGAAACCUAGUUGCUGCAUCAACGAGUCUUGAAGCUCCUGCUCGCCGCCUUAUCUCGGAUAUCAUCGAAAAGGAAGGCCGCCCGCCGCUUUGUAUUAUCUCUGACAUGUACUUUGGAUGGGCUGCUAAUCUUGCAAACAGCUUUGGAACUGCGCAUGUGACUUUCACCACAGGUGGUGCCUAUGGCACUGCAGCUUUGGUGUCUAUUUGGCUUAACCUCCCACACCGUUCUACAGCUUCGGAUGAGUUCCCGGUGCCGGGGUUUCCUGAGAGUUACCGCUUCCAUAUAUCUCAGCUGAAUCCAUACUUAAGAGCUGCAGAUGGUACUGACUUCGGGUCAAGAAUUUUUCAACCUCAGCUUUCGCUUUCAACGAAAUCCUUUGGUUGGUUGUGUAGUACUGUUGAGGAGAUUGAGCCAGUUGGAUUGAAGAUCUUGAGGAACUACUUGGGGCGUCCUGUAUGGUCCAUCGGACCACUUCUUCCUUUAGAAGCACUCAACAAAUCAUCUACGUUGCGCUUAAGUGUUUCAAGGCAACGCGCCGGAAAAGAGUUCGGCAUACCUCCUGAAGCAUGCCUCGAAUGGCUUGACUCACAAGGUUCGGAUUCGGUUGUUUACGUCUCAUUUGGUUCUCAAAACAGUAUAAGUUCAAACCAGAUGAUGGAAUUAGCUCUUGGGUUGGAAGAAAGUGGAAGGCCUUUUAUUUGGGUAAUAAGGCCUCCGAUUGGAUAUGACAUGAAGGGUGAGUUCCGAGCAGAGUGGUUGCCCGAGGGGUUCGAAGAUCGAAUGAGUAAAGGAAGACAAGGGUUGGUGGUGCACAAUUGGGCACCCCAGUUGGAGAUAUUGUCACACAAGUCGACGGGUGUGUUCGUUAGCCACUGCGGAUGGAAUUCAGUGAUGGAGAGCUUAAGCCAGGGGGUGCCAAUGAUAGGGUGGCCGUUGGCGUCCGAGCAGGCAUUGAACUCGAAGAUGUUGGCGGAGGAGAUGGGCGUGAGCGUCGAACUUACAAGGGGAUCACAGAGUGUUAUUGUUGGGAAGGAGGUGAAGAGACUGAUAGAUUUGGUAAUGGAGAAAAGUGGCAAAGGAGGAGAAAUGAGGAAAAAAGCUGGUGAUAUUGGGGAGCAGAUAAGAGCAGCAGUGAGGGAUGAGGCAGAAGACAGGGGAUCGUUUGUUUUGGAAAUGGAUGAUUUUCUUGGCACCAUUUUAGCAACUAGAAGAAAAAAUUAGCACAAAUAAGUUACGUAGUUCCUAAACCCUAAAGUGAAGGUUUCUUAGAGCAUGUAACUUGAUAAAAAUAAAUGGGUAUGAAAAUUAUUUCACUCA